CGCGCCCCUCUCGACUCCGGCUUCCUCGCUGUCAAACAGCGGCGGUAGCUCUAGCUCCGGGCCGGAGCCGGAGGGAUCCCGGGACCGCCGCACAAUCUGGCACUGCCUGGAGAGGAGACUACUUGGAGACUGCACCGCGAUUGAAUCUCCGCGAAUACUGUGGCCUGAGGAUCCGGUUCAGCUAAAGUGUCAUAGGACGUGAUCGUUUUUGCACUGCACUGGGACCUUCCCUGAAAUUUUCAGUUGCAAAGCUGCUUGACAGACAAUUUUGUUUGCAUCGCAUGCCUAGGCUCCUUGCACUCUGAAUUUGCACUACGCAGGUCUGGGUUCUCAUCUGAGUUUUGCCAUUGGCCCCUGGCGAAAACUCAGGCCUGUGCUCAGAGUUUAAGUUGCACAAAGCACAGCUCAAGUUUGCGUCAGACAGAAAGUGAGCUUAGGCCACCGUGCAUGGCUCAGGAGUGGGAAAGGUGAUGGACUCCUGAAGUGGAAGAGGUGGUGCAGGGGGGGCACCGCCCAUGCUGCCCUGCUUCCAGCUGCUGCGCAUAGGGGGCGGCAGGGGUGGUGAUCUCUACACCUUCCACCCGCCUAGCGGGGCUGGCUGCACCUAUCGCUUGGGCCGUAGGGCCGAUCUGUGUGAUGUGGCCCUGCAGCCCCAGCAGGAGCCUGGCCUCAUCUCUGGAGUCCAUGCGGAGCUGCACGCAGAGCGCCGGGGUGAUGACUGGAGGGUCAGCCUGGAGGACCACAGCAGCCAAGGGACUUUGGUCAAUAAUGUCCGACUCCCAAGGGGUCACAGACUGGAGUUGAGUGAUGGAGACCUUGUGACCUUUGGCCCUGAAGGGUCCCCAGGAACCAGCCCUUCGGAGUUCUACUUCAUGUUUCAGCAAGUCCGAGUCAAACCUCAAGAUUUUGCAGCCAUUACCAUCCCGCGGUCUAGUGGCGAAGAGGGAACCAGGGCUUGUUUCCAGCCUAUGCUGCCCCCCCAGGGGGCCCCACAGCGCCCCCUCAGCAGUCUCUCCCCUGCUCCAAAAGCCACUCUGAUCCUCAAUUCCAUCGGCAGUCUCAGCAAGCUCAGGCCCCAGCCCCUCACCUUCUCCCGAACUGGGGGUGGACAACAGAACCUGCCUGUUCCCACUCCCCCUAGGGAGGUGGACGCCACCCCUUCUGCCCCACCCCAAAGAAAUCGGAGGAAAUCAGCUCAUCGAGUGUUGGCAGAGCUGGAUGAUGAGGGAGAGAUGCCCGAGAGCUCUGCAUCAGUCUUUAUAGAGCCCAGGAAGAAACUCCGUGUAGAAGUAGCCCCACGGACACCUGGUGGAAAUCGACGUGGACGUCCUCGGAAGCACCAAGGGAGCACACCCAGGGCUCCCCCUGCAGUUGGGGGUGGGGAGCCCUGUGCAGCCCCUUGUUGCUGCCUGCCGGAAGAAGAAACAGUUGCCUGGGUUCAGUGCGAUGGUUGUGAUGUUUGGUUCCAUGUGGCCUGUGUUGGCUGCAGCAUCCAGGCUGCCAAGGAGGCUGACUUCCGGUGCCCAGAGUGCCAUGUAGGCAUCCAGACCUAAAGCCCAACACCAAGGUACCAGAGGACAGAGAGCUGGUAGCUCCAGGCCAUGAGUGGACACAGUGGGGCACCAAUGGGUCUUAAGAAAUGGCCCCUUCUUUCCUUGCCUCCCCAGGAGGGAAUGACUAUAAGGGAAGCGUCCAUUGCUAUGGAUAUUGAUUCAAGGCCUAAAGCAGGCCCUCAUGGCCAAGGUGAUAGAAGAGAUGGUUUCCUGCCAAAGAUCUUGCUGCCUCUGGGAAGUUGCCAGCCAACUGGAAAUUCCGUUACAAGCUUAGGUUCUUUUUGUCAUAGGCACUAGAAUGUCUGUGGUCAGAGUACCCAUCAAUUGCAGAAGCCAUGCCUGAGCAGAUAAAAGCCUCAGACUUGGAACAAGUGAAUGCUUAAUGCUUUUGGAUGGCAUUAUAAGGUAUUCUGGGAAAACAGCCCUGAAACUUUUACAUUGUGAGUAAACCACUGCCACUGACCAUGAUCAUGACCUGGCUUUUCAGAGCUUUGCUUCUAUUUCCAAAUAAAGAAUAAGCAGCUUCAUUCA